CAAGGCCAGAUCCAGCAAAAACCUUCGUGCUCUACUCUACCCUCCCAGCAGUAAUCUAGUCAAAAGCAUCACAAGCCGCUCUUGUUCAGCACAUCGGCUAGGAGUGUCCUUUUAGGAAGACGCAUUGUCCUGAUAAGCAAGAGCUGUUCGCGCGGAAAUCGUCGCACAGCUUAGCAGCAGCGUUGUCGAUUCGCGGAAGCGACCGCUAGCCCGCCAAGCGAUUCGUUCCUUGAAUCGGUCAGACUCGCUCGCACGGAUCGGUCAUUUAGGGCCAGAUUCUCUGAUGGGGAAGGCGUCUGGUGCAAAGCAUAGGAACCACCGAGGCGGCGAUAAGACCGAGAAGGAGUAUGCGGGGGACCGAGAAGAGCCUGAAUCAGCUGACGAGGGUUCAAGCGAUAGCGACUACCUUUCGGAGUCGGAGGACGAAGGAACUGACGAUUACAAGCGAGGUGGUUAUCACCCCGUAAAGAUCGGCGAUUCGUUCAGGAAUGGUCGGUACCGCGUGGUUAAGAAGCUCGGAUGGGGUCACUUCUCGACCGUCUGGCUCGCAUGGGAUGAAACGGAGAAGCGCUACGUGGCUCUCAAGGUGCAGAAGAGUGCUUCGCACUAUACCGAGUCAGCUCUUGACGAGAUUCAGCUCCUCCGACAGGUUGCUGACAGCGACCCCAGAAAUGACAAGUGCGUGGUUCGUCUGCUGGAUCAUUUCCGCCACUCGGGCCCGCACGGCUCGCACGUGUGCAUGGUCUUCGAGUCCCUGGGGGAGAACCUCCUCUCGCUCAUCCGCCGCUUUCGCUACCGCGGCCUGCCCGUCCCCGCCGUCAGGCAGCUCGCCAGACACAUCCUCACGGGGCUGGACUACCUGCACCGGCAGCUGUCGAUCAUACAUACGGACUUAAAGCCCGAGAAUGUCUUGCUGGUGCGGUCGAUUGAUGAUCAGCUGGGGAUUGGGAGUGGUAUGGAGGGGCCGCCGCCACCGCCGCCCCCGGCUCCCCCGAGGGAGGCGGGUGUGGGGGCGGGAGCUGGGGGAGGGGCGGGGAAAGGAGGGCGUGGGGGAGGAAUAGGCGCGGGGGAAGGGGCAGCGGGAGCAGCGGGGGGAGGGGGGGCGCUGGAGUCCCCGGCGUCGUCGGGGCUGACGAAGAACCAGAGGAAGAAGCUCAAGAAGAAAGCCAAGAAGGCUGAAGCCGCCGCCGCUGCUGGUGGUGCUGGUGGUGUGACUGCUGGGGCGCAAGCGGGUGGAGGGGGAGGGGGAGGGGGGGGAGAGGCGGAAGCGGGGGCGGCGGAUAUGGAGGAGAGCGAGGGGGGGUCGAGAAUGGAGGAGAGCAGCGCGGGGAUGGUGGAGGGGGCGGCGGGGGGAGGCGCGGAGGGGGGAGGCGCGGAUGGGAUGUUGGAAGAUACGGCAGAGAGUAGACCAACGAGAGGGAAGUCAGCAGUGGAGAAAGGGAGUGAGUCAUCCGCGUUAGAAGCUGGCUUGGAAGAAUACCUGGGGCUUGCAGGUAGUGGGAAGGCAGCAGGGCCAGGCACGGGGGUAGGGUCAGCGGCAGAUGCAGGGGCAGCGCAAGGGGCCGAAACUGGAGCAGCAGCAGCAGCAGCAGUGACAGUGCCCGGAGAAGUGGCAGCAUCGCUUGCAGUGGAACAGGGAGGGCAAGGAGGGCAAGGAGGGCGGGGAAGAGAGAAAGGGGAGUUCACGUCGACCAGUUCCAUGGAGGAGUAUCUCGGUCUCACUCACCUCGCUGCCUCGGUUGCUGGCACCAGCACUGGCCCGAGUGCAGUCGGUGCAGCAGCUGCUGGGGGUGAUAGAAGAGGAGAUGCUUCCUCUACGGGAGCGCAAGCCCCGACUGUGGCCACUGCAGCAGCAGCAGCAGCAGCAGGAAUAGCUGCUGCUGGGGCGCCAGUAGCAGCAAGAAACGGGAUGCAAGCAGUAAAACCAGCAGAGACUCCAGCAGCAGCGGCAGCAGCAGCAGAGGGAGCAGCAGCAGCGGAGGCAGCGGGGCGGAGGAAGCGGCCGGUGGAUCUGACAGGGCUGGACCUGAGCUGCAAGAUCGUGGACCUGGGGAAUGCGUGCUGGACGUACAAGCAGUUCACGAGUGACAUCCAGACCCGCCAGUACCGCUGCCCCGAAGUGCUGCUGGGGUCGCGCUACUCCACGUCAGCAGACAUGUGGUCGUUCGCAUGCCUCAUCUUUGAGCUCAUCACUGGCGAUGUGCUCUUUGACCCGCGCUCAGGCCACGACUUCGACCGGGAUGAGGAUCAUUUGGCUCUAAUGAUGGAGCUUAUUGGACGGAUCCCAAAGAAGAUCGCCCUAGGUGGCAAGUACUCGCGGGAUUUCUUCUCCCGCAACGGCGAGCUGCGCCACAUAAGGCGCCUCAAGUUCUGGCCGCUGGACCGCGUGCUGGUGGAGAAGUACGACUUCCCCCCUGCCGAGGCCGCGUCCCUAUCCUCCUUCCUCACCCCCAUGCUCGACUUCUCCCCCGAACGGAGAGCCACCGCACGCCAAGCCUUGACCCACCUCUGGCUCACCGAAACUGAACCAGAACGGCCGCUAGGCUUGGAUACUGCCGGUGCUGCAGGCUUGGAAGCAGGGUUGGGUGUGAGUCGCGGGUGUGAUGAGAUGGACGACAAGCGGAAGCGGGGGGAGAGUGGGGAGAAGAGUGUUGGAAUGAGAGGGGGAAAGGAGACGGGUGAGAGAAGGGGAGAGAAUGGGGCUUGUGUGGAGGGGAAGGAGAAAAUGAAUGGGGUGGACGAGGGAGGGAUGGGAGAGAUAAGGGAACGGAGUGGGGGGAAUCGAGGGGGGAACGGAGCAAUGAAUGGGGAAGGUGAUGGUGCGGUUUCUGGGCAAAGAGGGGGGAAAGCAGCUGCGACAGCAACUCUAACAUCACCAUUAGCUCCUCCUGUGCCCUUGUCGGCAUGAUCUGAAAUGAACGGGUAUAUUUAAGUUUUGGGUGUGAGCACAUACCUCACAAUUGCAUUUCUCGAAUGCAUUCUCAAUGCGUACCAUUUUUUAUGUGUGUGCAUCCCUUAAGUCAAACGAACUACGAUACUUGACCUUAGUUUU